AUGACAAAUGUUCAUCCUACAAAGACACAAAAUCACAUUUCAUAUAGCUCAUUAACAAUUCGUAAUAAAACACGUUCAGCAUCUUUACCAACUUUACCUUCGUUUACACCACCGUUACCAUCAGAAUUACCAUCCGACCCAAAAAGAUGGUCUUCAUCUCAUGUAGCCUCUUAUCUGACUUAUUGUUUACGCCUUCAUCCUCCGGCAAUUAUAUCAGAUUUAGUCAGGUAUGUAGAAGAGGAUACUACACUUACCGGGCGUAAAUUCUUAAGACUAAAAGAAGAACAAUUAAGGCAAAUGCAAUUUAACGAAAGAUGGGUCAAAUUAAUUAUGAUUGGUAUUAAAGAGCUAAGAAGAGAACAUUUAAAAGGUAAAAUUCUUUUAAAUGGUAGUGAUACUAUAAAUGAAGAACCUGAUGAAAUGGAAAUCAAAGAGUCUGGUGAAGAAAGUCAUGAUGAAUCUUCUCCCUUGGAAAGGAGUUCUUCUUCUUCUACUACAGCUACUUUAAUUGGCAGUAAUUUUUCUUUUUCAAAUAAUGAUUUUAAAGAUUUUUUUGUUCCUACUACGUUGACUAAUUUAACUGCUGAUGAUAAAGAAUUUAUUUGUCAAGAAUUUACGAAGUUAAAAGAAUUUUUGAAAUCGGAUAUCGAGAAUUAUAAUAAUAUAGAUUUUAAUGAAUUGAAUCAAAUCAUUGAAAAAACUAUUUCAAAUAUUGAAACGAAUCAAGAAGAUGUUAAAAAAACUUCAAUAACAAAAGUUUUGUGCGAGGGGUUAUGA